ACAUGGCCGAACUCCACGUCGUGGAACCGAGCGGCACUGGCACCAUCGAGCAGCCGGAGCACCGCGAUGUCCGCGGCGGCACCGUGCGCCUGGCGUCGCCCACCUUGAUGGUUCCUCCGCGGAGCAGCCAGCUCAGCCCCGGCGCGGCGUCGAGCGGCGGCGGCGGAGGACGGUCGGUGUUCGGGUUCCCGGCGAAGAGCAACCCCAGCUCCCCGGCCGAGCCGGCGGACAAGCCGGGCCCGCGCUGGGUCCGACUCAACGUCGGCGGGACCUACUUCAUCACCACCAAACAGACGCUGUGCAGGGACCCCAAGUCCUUCCUGUUCCGACUGUGUCAGGAGGACCCGGACCUGGACUCCGACAAGGACGGGACAGGGGCCUACCUGAUCGACAGGGACCCCACAUACUUUGGCCCCAUCCUGAAUUACCUCCGACACGGAAAACUGAUCAUGGAUAAGAACCUGGCAGAGGAAGGGGUUCUGGAGGAAGCCGAGUUCUACAACAUCGCGUCGCUGGUGAGGCUGGUGAAAGAGCGGAUACGGGACAACGAGAACCGGACGUCUCAGGGCCCCGUGAAGCACGUGUACCGAGUGCUGCAGUGCCAAGAGGAGGAACUCACACAGAUGGUCUCCACCAUGUCGGACGGAUGGAAGUUCGAGCAGCUCAUAAGCAUCGGCUCCUCGUAUAACUACGGCAACGAGGACCAAGCAGAGUUUCUAUGUGUGGUCUCCCGGGAGCUCAACAACUCCACCAACGGCAUCGUCAUCGAGCCCACCGAGAAGGCCAAGAUCCUCCAGGAGCGAGGCUCGCGGAUGUGAUGAGGCUGAAUAACACGUUAUCAACAUAACAACAACAACAACAACAACAACCAGAACAUUUCCUCCAUGAGUUUACCUCCUUUCACCUUUCUGCCAUCACUAACACCUUAAUCAUCAUCAUCAUCAUCAUUUUCCUCCCCGCCCUCCCUCCCCUCCUCCCUUCUCCUCUGGUGUGCCUUUCCACAGCGGGGGCCCCCUGACGCUGCAACACCACCCUGACCUGUCUUCUCGCUUCCCUUCCUCCUCCUCCGUCGACGGCGGACGUUAGCGGGAGUUGAAAAGAGAUUUCACGUGAGUGGUUGUUCCCUCAUUGCAGCUUUUUCGAUUGGUCAGUGUCAUGGCGGCGCAGUCUACGGUGCUGAAUGUAGCCUCGUGUUGCUGCGAGUGGAUGGACGCCUCGCGCACAGAGCUACUGUACAUACAUCAUCAAUAUUCUCCUCAUCAUCAUCAUCGCCGUCAAAGAGACGGGAUGCUCGAUCGCUCCGUUUUACAUUUGGCUCUGUCGACUUAGCAGAAACCUCCUCAGGACUCUGAAAGGACAUAAAGGAAUGAACCCAACUCUGACUGAGCCUCCCCCUCUUUACCCGGAUCCAUUUAAUGGAGCGAGCCGCCGCCGCCGUCUUCCUCUCUGCGCUGCCAGACUCCUCGGCGCCUGAUGUUUUGGGGCGCGUCGGCCGCACAACACACCGCAGCCAGGCGGUCCGGAGGCGGAGGAUCAUUAUGACGGAGCAGUUGCCGGCGGUGCGACGCAGUCCGAUCACUCGGAAACGGUUUAAACGAGUGACGGAUCUUCAUCGUCUUGGUUUCGGCUUUGUUCUGUCUUUCCCGUGUGGCGAAAAAAAAUUGGGAUAUUUAAAGCGCAAAACAAAACAAAUGACUCAAAAAGACUUAACACCUGUGUACAACUUGUCAAGGCAUGUGAGGAAUCUAUAUAAAUCUAUAUAUAUAUAGGCUACACGAUGAAAUUAUAUGGAAAAAAUUUGAAUGCAA